AUGCAAGUCGCAGUACAUCAAGAAGAUGCUGACAUUUUGCUCAAGCAAAAGAAUAUUCUCAAUGAGGAUGUGGUGGAGAAAUAUAGAGUUGCCGGUCAAAUCACUCAAACUGGGUUGACUUACCUUACGUCGCUAAUCAAUAACUCAUAUCAUUUGGGCACAACUGCUAAAUUAACCAUCCAACAGCUAUGUCUAUUGACUGAUUCCUUCUUAACUGAGUUGUUAUCAGGGCAUUAUAACAAGAAGGUUGAUGAAAAGGGUAUCUCAUCUCCAACUACAAUCAACGUAAAUGAAUUAUUGAAUGGGUUUGCACCUGAAAUUGAUGAUGAAAGAGGAUUAUACUUGAAUGAAGGAGAUGUUGUAACAGUUAGCUUGGGGGUUCAGAUUGAUGGUUACACUUCAAAUUUAACACACACUUUGGUUAUUUAUCCAACAAAUGCAGAAUUGAAGCCAAAUGGACCAUUGUUGGGAAAUAACGCAGAUGCCAUCAGUGCCACUCAUAUCGCCACUGAGGCGGUCGUUGCUUUACUUGGGACUUCGUUAUCACCAGAAAAACUUCCAAAUCAACUUAAAAAUAGUUCAAAUGUCAUCACCGGCACGCAAAUCCGUCAACUUGUUGAUGCCGUUGCCGCUUGCUUCAAUUGUACUGUUGUUCCAGGAUCAAAAGUGAGAAGAAUCAGAAGGUUUUUAGCUGGUCAAGCGGAAGGAAUAGUUGCUGAACGUGAUUUCAAAGGUGUUGUUUGGGAUGAGUCUCAUCAAGAAGCUAGUCUCUUGAAACAAAGUUCUCUUCAAUCUACAGAUUUGAUCACUCAGGAUACUUCAAAACCAAUUUAUACAUCAAAUUCCAGUGCUAUACCUACUGAUGAGUUUGUUGUCGUUCCUGGGGAAGUUUAUCAUGUUGAUAUACGUAUGUGUGGAGUAAACUUGGAGGAAUUGGGAAUUGUCACUACCGAAGAAAUUGAUCACUUUACUGGUAAGAACAAUAAGCAAGAAUUUACUUCCAAAGCUUCAAUAUUUGUUCGUGAUUUUGCUGUUGUUCAUCAAUUGAAAUUAAAGACAUCAAGAAAGCUUUUAGGUGAAAUCGAUAAAUCUUUUUCGGUAUACCCAUUCAAAUUAGAUUUCGCUAGUAAGGCGUUUCCAAUCGAAGUUGAUGCAAAUGAAGAGGAAAUAAAAUUACAAAUAAAUCAAUUGAGGGAAGAUUUAAAGACCUUCAGAUUAGGUGCUGCGGAAUUGAGCAAUCGCCAUCUUAUACAAAGCAAACCAAUCCAGAUUACCAAAUUUGUUCCGUUAAAGGAGAUUUUGUUAACUGCAAAUCCAACGGGUAAACAUGGUAUUGAUGCUGCAAAACCGGUGUUGCCUGGUAUGGAGAUUCCCUUACCUCAAUUAAACAUUUCAUCAAUCAAAUUAAGAUCCUUGUUGAAAAAGGGGCAUAACAUAGCCAAUGUGAGGGAAGCUACAACAGUAUUGAUCAACAGCCAAUCUCAAGAAGUUUUGAGAUUGAACGGAGGAGAGACAACUGCAAGAGUCAACUGGAUACAUUCCCAAUACAAGUUAUCCGACGAAUUGAAUGAAGUAAUCACCCACUUGGUUCAAUUGACAAAAGACAGUCGUUUUGGUAUUAAAGUAAAGGACGUUAAUCCUUACAAGUUGACACAACAAAGCUUGGGGGUUGAGUCUAUGCAAAUGGAUUAA